CAAAAAUAUAUUGAGGCGAGAACGCCAUUUACAAGCCGCGUUUGUACAGCGAGUGCGCGUGUAGUAGAGCCGGAGAGAGAGCGUGCGUGUGUGUGUGAGUGAGAGCAAAAGAGCGCCGCCGCCAAAGCUGCCCAACACAUACACGAAUGUCAGACACUUCGCGGUCGGUCGGCAGAAACGGCAAUAAUUUUAUACGGGCGAAAAGUUAAAAAAUAAUUUACCCACUUUUCGGUGGCAAAAUCCCGAUAUACUUCUAAAAUCAGAAGAGUGCUGGCAGAGAAAAAGAGCAAAUGCGGGCGAUAAAACGUGCUAAUCCGGGGGCAUAAAACUGGAUAUGCAAAAUGCGAAGUAGCCCAAUCAUGGAGUGCCACUAAGUGCCGGUUCCGCCUGCGGAAAAAAUAAUAUUAAAGUGAAACUGCCAUCGAAAAUAUAAGAACAGAAGAAAAAGAAAAAAACAAGAGCCAUAAAACUCUGGCAAAAAGAAUACACAUAUAGUCAUCGUUUAAGAGGAGUUUCCAAGUAGAGUGGAGUGUUCAAGGAUAACCGGAAGGAAGAGGAGCAGAAGGACUUCCGCUCCGGGAAAUCGGUGUCCACCUCGGAACUAUCGCUAUUGUUCUAGCCGGCAACAUACCAGCCUAACAACAACAUGUAUCCCUCACCGGUGCGCCACCCCGCCGCCGGGGGACCACCUCCUCAGGGUCCAAUCAAGUUCACCAUCGCCGACACACUGGAACGCAUCAAGGAGGAAUUCAACUUCCUGCAGGCGCAGUACCACAGCAUCAAAUUGGAGUGCGAGAAGCUGUCGAACGAGAAGACGGAGAUGCAGCGCCAUUAUGUUAUGGUAAGUCGGCAUGAUCUGCAAAUUAUCGAAGUCCCUUUAGCUAAUGCCUUGCCUUGCUAUCCGCAGUACUACGAGAUGUCCUAUGGCCUUAACGUGGAGAUGCACAAGCAGACGGAGAUCGCCAAGCGUCUGAACACACUGAUCAACCAGCUACUUCCAUUCCUUCAGGCCGACCACCAGCAGCAAGUGCUGCAGGCAGUAGAGCGGGCGAAGCAGGUGACCAUGCAGGAGCUCAACCUGAUCAUUGGGCAUCAGCAGCAACAUGGAAUACAGCAACUUUUACAACAGAUCCACGCCCAGCAGGUGCCGGGCGGACCGCCACAGCCGAUGGGUGCACUGAAUCCAUUUGGCGCCCUGGGCGCCACCAUGGGCCUGCCACACGGACCACAAGGUCUUCUGAACAAACCGCCCGAACACCACAGGCCGGACAUCAAGCCCACGGGUCUGGAGGGGCCAGCAGCCGCCGAGGAGCGAUUGCGCAAUUCGGUUUCGCCGGCCGAUCGUGAGAAGUACCGCACACGCUCGCCGCUGGAUAUCGAGAACGACUCGAAGCGUCGAAAAGAUGAGAAACUGCAAGAGGAUGAAGGCGAGAAAAGCGAUCAAGAUUUAGUCGUAGAUGUUGCAAAUGAAAUGGAAUCCCACUCACCGCGCCCCAACGGCGAGCACGUGUCAAUGGAGGUCCGAGAUCGGGAAAGUUUGAAUGGCGAGCGCCUGGAGAAGCCCAGCAGUAGUGGCAUUAAGCAGGAACGUCCGCCCUCACGCUCCGGCUCCAGUUCGUCACGUUCCACACCCAGCCUCAAGACAAAAGAUAUGGAAAAACCGGGCACACCGGGCGCAAAGGCACGCACACCGACACCGAACGCCGCUGCCCCGGCGCCAGGCGUUAAUCCUAAACAAAUGAUGCCGCAGGGACCACCGCCAGCCGGAUAUCCGGGGGCACCGUAUCAGCGGCCAGCCGAUCCCUACCAGCGUCCUCCGUCGGAUCCAGCCUAUGGACGACCGCCACCAAUGCCGUACGAUCCGCACGCGCAUGUGCGAACCAAUGGCAUUCCACAUCCCUCAGCCCUGACGGGUGGAAAGCCGGCAUACUCUUUCCAUAUGAACGGCGAGGGUAGCCUACAGCCGGUGCCGUUCCCGCCGGACGCGCUGGUGGGCGUUGGGAUUCCCCGGCACGCCCGUCAGAUCAACACGCUGUCGCACGGAGAGGUCGUCUGCGCGGUAACCAUCUCCAAUCCCACAAAGUACGUGUACACGGGCGGCAAGGGCUGCGUCAAGGUGUGGGACAUCUCGCAGCCGGGCAACAAGAAUCCCGUCAGCCAGCUGGAUUGCCUGCAGCGCGACAACUACAUCCGCUCGGUGAAGCUGCUGCCCGACGGCCGCACGCUGAUCGUGGGUGGCGAGGCGUCCAACCUGUCCAUCUGGGACCUGGCCAGCCCGACGCCCCGCAUCAAGGCCGAGCUGACCUCGGCGGCGCCCGCCUGCUACGCCCUGGCCAUCAGUCCCGACUCGAAGGUGUGCUUCUCGUGCUGCAGCGACGGCAACAUCGCCGUGUGGGACCUGCACAACGAGAUCCUGGUGCGCCAGUUCCAGGGCCACACCGACGGCGCCUCGUGCAUCGACAUCAGUCCCGACGGCUCCAGGCUGUGGACGGGCGGCCUGGACAACACGGUGCGCUCCUGGGAUCUGCGCGAGGGUCGCCAGCUGCAACAGCACGACUUCAGCUCUCAAAUAUUCUCGCUCGGCUAUUGUCCCACAGGCGACUGGCUGGCUGUGGGAAUGGAGAACUCGCAUGUAGAGGUGCUGCACGCAUCGAAACCGGACAAGUAUCAACUGCAUCUGCACGAGAGCUGCGUUCUGUCGCUGCGCUUUGCCGCCUGCGGCAAAUGGUUCGUUUCCACCGGCAAAGACAACCUGCUAAACGCAUGGCGAACACCUUACGGUGCCAGCAUAUUCCAGUCGAAGGAAACAUCAUCCGUACUUAGCUGCGACAUAUCAACUGACGACAAAUAUAUUGUGACGGGUUCGGGCGAUAAAAAGGCUACUGUCUACGAAGUUAUUUAUUAAAUCCACAAAACCAAGCAGUUUUUUCAUUUUGUAAUAAGCUCGUAUAGUUUUUAUUACAACAACAAAAACAAUUAACUACAACAAACAAAAUGUUCGAAAUCAUGCAUAUAACAGAAAAACACCAGCAGCAUCGGCAGUAGAAGCAACAAGAAAGGCGGCAGUAGCAACGCAUCAAAAAGCGAAGCAAAAAUGAAAAUUCUAUAAUAUAUAUAUACAAAAAGGAAAAAACUAAAAUUUUAAGCGUACUUGUAGCUACUAAGCCUAAGCUAAGUCCAAUAAAUAAAAACAAACCAACAAGUUGAACACACAAAUUGCAAUUUAACAAAAGAAG